CAUUAUCCAAGAAGUUUUUAUUUCAUCUGCACGUAUUAGUUUUAAUUGGUCCGAACACAUUUAAUAGCCAAUAUCAACCUACAACUGUAUUUGCUACUUUCAUGACACCAAAUAGACACAGUGAUCUUUUGUUCGGUGCAUUUCUUGCUGCAUAUUAUCAUUAUCGUUCUCCUUUAUUCCAUUAUAUAUAUAUAUAUAUAUAUCACCGAUGAAAUAGAAGGCACUAGAUUUGGUGGAAACUUUAUUGAAGUUAGUAGCAUUGUUUGAUUGAAUAUAAUCAUAAACAAGGUGCAAAAUAGAUUUAUCAACUAUCGUGACUUCAUGUCCCAUGUAUAUGUAUACUACAAUUGGUUCAGAACUCAAUGAUUACUGCCUCAUAAUUACUGUGCUCCAACAGGCGCAGAAUAGUAGGACAACACUAACUGAUGAGGAAUUUACUGAAGUUAGCCACAUCGCGCAAAUUUAAUAUAAUUUUUUAACAAAUUAAUAUGUUACAAUAUUAUUUUAUUUGUAUAUAACUUUUACAAGAGAAGUAAAGUAACCUUUGGUGAAUAAAAAACAACAAAUAUUGCUAUAUAUAACAUACUUUACAUCUCAUAUCUGAUGUAUAAAUAGUUAUAUAAAAAACGCGUCACUGCACAGGCGCACAAUGUAAUAAAUUCAAAUAAAUCAAAAUCAUCUAUUUACAUAGACUUCAAAUAAUAAUCUAUAUAAAUAUAAUUCAAGAUUUAUUUGUUAUUUUAUAAACUCAAACAAUGGAUUUAACAAAGUUUAGUUCAAGAAUCAUAUGUUCUGAUAACAUUACCAGACAGAAUUUGAAGAAAAAGCCAAUAGUUCCAAUUACAUCAGAUGAUGAUGAUCUAUUCUUUCAGAAAAUAAGAUCAAAAAUUGAUAAAGAUCUCUUACAUUCUAAUGAAAAUUAUAAACCAAAUAAUUGUCAAAGCAUAAGCUCACUUAAAAGGAAAAGAUUUAUAAUCGAUGAAGAAACUGAAAAUAUUAUUAAAAGAUUUAAAGAAGAUAGGAAUCAUAAAAGUCAUUCUGUAAAAGUAUUAGAUGAUAUAAGUAUUCCAAAAACUAAUCAUGUGUACAAUAAUAUGAUUAAGACACAGAAUGUAGUAACAAAUAUCAAUGCUAACAAUAUUUUACAACAAACAAAUAAGAUUCCUUCUAAUGUUUUAUGUACAAAUUUGAGCAUUUUCAGAAAUCCUUCUAAUAAUUAUAUAUUUCAAAUGGCUUCAAAACUACAAAAGAAUAUUUUACCAAUAUCUAUCAAUGAAACCACAUUUUUUCAAGAAGAAUAUGAAGAAUCUUUACUUUAUGCAAUGUACCUUACACCUCCAAAUAAUAAGCCAAUUGAUGAUGAUGGACAAUCUUCAACUUGUAGUGCAAUAAAUACUAUAAUAUAAAAGUCAUUAUCAGAAAGACAAUAAUUCUAUGGAUGUAUAGAAUUAUCUUAAUUUUAAACAUACUUUUAUUUGAUGUAAUUAAUGUUGAAUAU